CCGGACUCGGCGGCAUCUCAGCAAAGCCGAGCUCGGGGCAGCUCACGCUUGUCUGCGGUCGACCUACCUGCCGAGCAAACAGGUACCUCGGUCCAACCUUGCCUUUCCUGGCGUUGGACUUUUCACCUGACUGGCUUUGUAACCACGGAUCCUUGCAGCUCAGUCAAUUCACGUGCUGCCUUAACCGAGUAGCUUCCUUCAAGGCCGGGCCACACAACUUGGCCCAACACUUGUUCGGCCCAAAUCUGUCCGGCACAACUCUGUCCGGCCCAAAUCUGUCUGGCCCAAUUCCAUAUCAUUAAUCUCCCUCUCAAUUGCCCCUUAAUUCCGUCCGCUAAAGCGUGACUGGGAUUACCUAUUCUGACCGGGGUAUCACUUCCUCGGUCCUCAAUUUACUAUUCGUCAACUGGGCUGGUCGACAUGCAUGGAUUCAAACUUGCCCGGUCUGACCUUCCUGGCUCUUCGGCUUGCUCGGUCGACGCCUCACCUGACCUUCCUGUCUUUUCAAUUCUGACACUGCCAUCAAUGGGACACGUGGCGUUCUCCCGUUGGUCCUCGAGCAGCCAACCAGCCGUCGCAUGAUAUUUAAAUUUGGGCGGCAAUUGGGGCUAUAUACGUGCCCCGUCUCUCUCUGUUUCAUUCUUACUGACCAUCUUCCGUCUCAAGCGUCCUAGAGCUGCUGCCCUUCUUCUCUCGCCAUUCUCGAACUCGUGCUCGAAGGAAAGGUCACUGCCCUUCACUGGUAAGUCCUUUAACUCCUCUUUUGUUGAUAUCUUCUUUAAUAUUUCACACAUUAGGGCACUAAAACAUAGUUCCUAGGGCAUUAGUCUUAAGAACCAACCCAAACCUCCCACUGUGAAUGGUGUUCUUCAUUUUUCCUGAAGAACACUGAAAAUCUGGGGCGGACCGGGCUCCAGGUCUCCGUUUGAUCCAAAAGGCCAAUCUAACCGAGCAAAUAACCUGUUUGUCCCAACCUUAGUGGAAACCGGGGUAGGCAAAGGGUUUGGUCGAUCGACCGGGCCAAUAUCUGGUCCGCUUGAACGACCGGGCUCCUUGGCUAACCUUCACAACCGAGGUGGUUUGGCACAAUCAAUGACCGAGCUAGAGUCAAGCUCGUUUCGCGCGACCGAGCUUCCUCUCACACUUGACAACCUUUUCCUACAGAGUCCAAGGGGACCCCUGACCAUGUCUGAGGCUCUCAAAGACCGAGCAGCCAACAAUCACCAAUCAGUGUCGAACCUCCUCAGCCGAGCUAAUUUAGCCGGUCGUUCAUGGGGAAAUUUCGAUUCCUCGUAGAUACUCCGGCUGCCCUAGCUGCGUUUAAGGAGGAGUACGGCAUCCCGGCCGAUGUCCACCUUGAGCUUGCAGAAAUUGAGACAACGCCCUGGGGCAGAGAGGAGUGCCCCUUCACCGUGCUAUCAAUUGUCGAAGGAGGCCUUCGUUUCCCACUCAACCCGUUGAUCACCGAGUUCCUACGCCGCACCGGGCUUGCACCCACUCAAGUGUCCACCAACACCUACCGAAUAAUAAAUGGUGUGCACGAACUUAACAACCGGUUAGGCACAGACUUAGGCUUAGCCGAGAUAUUGUGGCAGUACACUCUUGGACACACCGGCGAUGGCCUCGCCUACUACCUUAAGAUUAGGCCGGGCAAAGAAAAAAUUGUGACCGGCACACCAGACAAGGACUUGCAUGAUGACGAUUUCUUCUGGGUGUCUGGCAAUUAUGAAACAGCCGAGGUACCGGGCUGGUUCAUAAGCAAGAACUUCGGUUCCACAUGUAAGUCGGUCUGCUUCUGCUUGGUCAAUUGUUCCUCUACAUUAUUCUGUACUUAACCAUUUUUCUUGUUUCUCCUGCAGCUAUUCAAGCCUUGCAAGCCAACUACCAAUACCCCAACGUUGAAGCCAUCUACACCGUGCUUCGUUACAACCACCGGGAUUGCAACGAGUUACUCAGCUACACGCCAACCUAUCGAUACUCGGCACCAUGCCGGAGUAAAGUAACAGACUUUCUCCGUGCUCCAACACCUCCUCCAUAUCCAACUUUGCCAGACGUUCCACUAAUCCGGUUGACAGAAGAGCAAGAGAUGGCCAAACGAAGCUGAAUCAAAAACCUGCUCACCGCAACGUCCGCUGAGAUACCGAGCGUCGUCAUCCGCUCGCCAGCCGCCAGUCAGUCAAGCGGCGCCGUGGUCGCCCUAGCUUCUCCAGCUGCCGGGCAGUCAAGCCAAGAAACACGCCGGGUUGGCAAAAGAGCUCGCGCAGACCCGUCUGCCGAGCUGAUUACCGAACUAUCCAUCGAGCAACCUAUCGUCACAGCUGACCCAACACCAAUCCGGCGUCCGCUACUCAAGCACCGGGGUAAAGACAUCUCGGCGACAGCUUCGAUCAAGGGCGACAAAGCGCACCUGCUCGCCUACGAUCUUUCCAAGGCCCUUCUCCUACCGAGCGACGUGGUCGGCAGCGACCAUGUCCCUGACACCCUGUUGGUGAAGUCGUCUGUCAAGUCCAUGGCCAGGGCCAUCCAAAAACAACACUUAGUCAUGGAGCGCAUCCACCGACUUCGAGAAAAGGCAGCGGGCACUGCCAGCCAAGUCCAAAACCUCCAAACCGAGCUUGGCCGAGCAAAGUCCUCGCUUGAAAUCGCCAACACCGACAACAACCGGUUGCUCGGCCAACUUGACGAAGCCGAGAAAAAGAGGGACGAGCUCCAAGCUGAGCUGGACGCGCUCAAGAAGUCUAGGGAGAAGGAUUGUGAAGACGCCAAUAAUGCCAGCUUCAAAGAGGCGGAAGACAACUAUAAAAAACAAGUCUUCGCCACCCAGGACAUUUAUUUCAAGGCCGGUUGGAAGUCUGCCUGCCAACAGCUCGGUCAAGGUCCUGACACUAACGUGUUUGCCUCUCCACCGGCUGUCUUCUUACCGACCUACCUCAUUCCAUACGCCAAUGAUGUCUUCAGCGCGCUGCAGGCUGAGGCCGAGGAAGGACUCGAAGAAGCCGAGGCAGACGCUCAGGGAGGUGACCAGACCGAGCAGGAGCUGCCCGGCCAGACUGGAACCGGUGUCCAGGACCAGACAGCAACAGUCAACCUGGAAGCUGAUGAGGAAUUCCCAGACCUCUCCCCCUUAGCUUAGUUCUCUU